CACACAGUUGAACAGUCAAAGCGCUCGAUCAUAAAUUAACGCGACUGGUGUGAAAGUUUUCAAUUUUAUACAGCGGUAAUGAUGAUAACAAUACUAAACUAGUGCUAACUUCUGACCAAAUAGAACACGAAAUAAAAAUGAAUAAUCAAUAAAAUAAUUAUAAUAAUAACGAUAAUAAUAAAUAAACAAACUGCUAUACCGAAAAUAUAAAAAUCAUUUAGUUUAAAAAAAUAAGCGUACAAUUUUAUUAGUAAAAGCCUAACUGUGAUUACUGUGUACCUACUUUACAAAACUACGACUUAUUUUCAAACGAAAAAUUAUAACACAUUUUAUAAUAAAUUAAUAAAAGUAAAAGUAAAAUAUAUAUUUUUUAUAAACAAAUUUAUAUGUAUAAACAUAUAUAUUAACUUAGUAGAGCUUAAGGAAUAUUCAGAUUGUGAACUUCGCUUGACACGAGACGGUCAUUAGCUUAUAUAAUCGUACUAAAUCUAUCGUAAAAUUCUCGGAGUGGCGAUGACUUCUUCAGUAUCCUUCCUGUUGUUGAUGAUCUGUGCGAUCGUGUUGGCGGCACAACAAGGCCAAGCAAAGAAGGGCUGCAACGCAUAUGGACAAGCUUGUUACGGUGGACACGGAAAACGUUCGCUGGGCUCCUUAACGGAUGAGAUGCUGGCAAAUAGUGCAUACAGAAACGAAAGAGACGAAUUGCAUCCCAACGAAUUGCUGCAAGCAAUGCCUAAUGAAGCGACAGGACUAUUACCGGAGAGGGAAAUUGACACAUACCCCAGAUAUCGACUCAUCAAGUUUAUGAGAUCAUUGUUGGGUGGACAUCUGAAGCGACCUGUUGAGCGGGCCAAUGAAAUCGACUACCCCAUCUCAGCCGAGGCCUUUAGCCGGGACAACAGCAACAACUUCAAUUAAGAUGUGAGACACCACGAAACAACGCCGACAAACCAUCCAGACUGUUAACUUCACCAACAUCAGUUGCAAACGGACAAAGUAGAUAGCUCUUCAAGUAUGCAGAAAAUCGAAAAUUCCAAUAUUGCUGUAUAAAAUUACAAAAAAAAAAAAAAAACAAAUGCAUUUGGCUUAUGUAUAAGAGCAUGAAAUCCACAUUUUCCUUAAAUAUUUGUAUAUACAUAUUUUGGUAGAUUAUCUAGCGAAAAUUGAAACACACACACACACAUGCAUGCACAAAAUUGUAUAACCACUCCGCUUUAACACAGAUAAUAUGUAUGUACAUACAAUAAAUAUAUAAGCAGAAAUUAGCAAAUAUGGGAAAAAUUCAAUGAAUUCAUUAAACGACUUGUUUUCGCAUUAUGGCUGAAUCUGACUGAAAUUUUAAGGGCUGGAAAAUUUCAGUUGAUGGCAUAAAACACACACAAAGGCAAACACACAUACAACACAAAUUUAUAUAGAAGAAACGCACACAAUUGCAUUGUACAUUAAUUGCUAUGGAGAGAAUUCAAAUGCUUUCUUUAACUUUUCUGAAGUGAAAUCACAUUAUGUAACUAAGGAAAUUAGACUAUACUUUAGAAUAGUGAAUCUAAACACUUAGCCAAACUCUAUGUUCCAAAACAAAGAUAAUGAAAAGCAAAGACUAUAGGAUACCUUUAUUUACCAAAUAUGAGUAUGUAUGUAAAUGUUAAUAAAUUAUUAUAAAGCUUAAA